CCAUAGGGGUAGGAACGGUGCGGCACCAUGGGUAUCUCUCGCGAUUCGCUGCAUAAGCGGCGCGCCACGGGCGGCCGCAAGAAGCACUGGCGCAAGAAGAAGAAGUAUGAGAUGGGCCGUGUGCCAGCUAACACUAAGUUGAGCAGCAAUGUGGCUGUCCGGACGGUGCGCGUGCGCGGAGGCCAUACCAAGUUCCGUGCCCUGCGCCUGGACACUGGCAAUUACUCUUGGGGCUCGGAGGCUGUGACCCGCAAGGUCCGCAUCCUGGACGUCGUUUACAACGCAUCCAAUAACGAGCUGGUGCGCACCCAAACCCUGGUGAAGAACGCCAUUGUCCAGGUGGAUGCCACGCAGUUUAAGCAGUGGUACCAGAAGCACUACAACGUGGAGCUGGGUGCCAAGAAGGACCAGCCCGACGUGGCCCCUAAGCCGGAGGAGAUCCAGGGCUCGAACCACGUGAAGCGAAAGAUCAAGGAGCGGCUGCAGAAGCGCAAGCUGGACCCGCACCUCGCUGAGCAGUUCACGACGGGACGACUGUUUGCCUGCAUCGCGUCGCGCCCGGGCCAGUGCGGCCGUGCAGACGGCUACAUCCUUGAGGGCAAGGAGCUUGAGUUUUACCUCAAGAAGAUGCAGAAGAAGAAGUCGAAGGCUGCGUAAAGCACGGCCUGCUAGGAUCUAAGUGGUGUAACAAGUUUGUUCGUCGAGUAUCUUGACGCAUUAGUAUCACUAGUUGUCCCCCCUUUGUGCCUGCAUGAUAUCGUGUACCACAUUUAGGCAAGUUCCCACAAGUUCAAACGGGAUGCAAUGGUUUUAGCUUACAGGUGGGCUCGGUUCCUGAACCCGUACAGGCGACGAGCAUGUAGCAAGACAGACCACAUGAAAUCAGCCGUUACG